UAUUCGAAAUGAAAGCUAGUUUUUGUAUUCUUCAAAAUGGCGUCAUCCACAGACUUCUACUUACGUUAUUAUGUUGGCCACAAAGGGAAAUUUGGACAUGAAUUUUUGGAAUUUGAGUUUCGACCUGAUGGUAAGCUUAGGUAUGCUAACAACUCCAACUACAAAAAUGACACCAUGAUCAGAAAAGAGGCUUUUGUACAUAAAUCUGUUAUGGAAGAGUUGAAGCGUAUUAUUGAAGAUUCUGAGAUCAUGCAAGAAGAUGACAGUGCUUGGCCAUCACCAGACAGAGUAGGAAGACAGGAAUUGGAAAUUGUAAUAGGAGAUGAACACAUUUCUUUCACAACAUCAAAGAUAGGAUCAUUGCUGGAUGUCAAUCAGAGCAAAGAUCCUGAUGGUUUGAGAACAUUUUACUAUCUGGUGCAAGAUUUGAAGUGCUUGGUGUUUUCGCUAAUUGGACUCCACUUUAAAAUUAAACCCAUCUAACUGUAUUCCCAUCCUGUCAUUUUAUUCUUCAUCAUUGGUUUCAUUAAAAUGUUUUUAAUUUUACAA